CUCACCUGUUUCACUUCUGUCAUCCAUUUUCUGCUCAGUCCAAUUCAAAUUUCAUCAUCUCUCUCUGUCAUCUCCUGCCAAUCCAAUCAUUUAUCAGCUGAUUUUCAUCUAAUCCUCCAUCUCGCUUCAUCAUGAGUCUGAGUCGUACCAAGCGAAUCAGCUCCAGUAACUCAGUUCGGAGCAGCAGCGGCUCGAGGAGGCUGAGUGGUUUCGGUCCGGUUCAGGGAGGUUUCAGUGGCAUCUCCCUCAGCAGCAGUUCUCUGUAUGCGGGCACCAACGGGCAUCACCACGGCCUGGGGGCUCCGCUGGCAUCCCUGUCCGUCAACAAGAGCCUGCUGGCUCCUCUCAACCUGGAGAUCGAUCCAAACCUGUCCAUGAGUCGAGCCCACGAGAAGGAGCAGAUCAAGAGCCUCAACAACCGCUUUGCAACCUUCAUAGAUAAGGUACGGUAUCUGGAGCAGCAGAAUAAGAUGCUUGAGACAAAACUGGAGCUGCUGCAGGGUCAGGGGGUCAGCCGAUCUAAUGUGGAACCCCUGUUUGAGGCCUACAUGGCAGGUCUGAGGCGCCAGAUGGACCUGGUCAACAAUGACAAGACUAAGCUGGAUGGGGAGCUGAGAAACAUGCAGGGUCUGGUAGAGGACUACAAGCACAAAUAUGAAGAUGAAAUUAACAAGAGAAACAACCUGGAGAACGACUUUGUUAUCUUAAAAAAGGAUGUAGAUUCAGCCUAUUUGGUCAAGGCUGAUCUGGAGGAUAAGGUCGGAGCUUUGACUGAUGAAAUAAACUUCCUGCGUAACGUGUAUGAGGAGGAGCUGCGUGAGCUGCAGGCAAGCAUUAAAGAUACCUCAGUUGUGGUGCAGAUGGACAACAGCCGCAGUCUGAACAUGGAGCAGAUUGUAGCUGAGGUCAAAUCUCAGUAUGAGGAGAUUGCAGCCCGCAGUCGAGAGGAAGCAGAGGCCUGGUACAAGAAUAAGUUUGACCAAAUGUCAGUCCAGGCCAGCCAGUUUGGGGACGAGCUCCGCAUCGUGAAGGGAGAGAUCGCCGAGAUCAACCGACUGAUCAGCCGCCUGCAGAGCGAGAUAGAAGCGGUCAAAGCACAGCGUGCCAGUCUGGAGAACCAGCUGGCUGAGGCGGAGGAGCGUGGAGAGCUUGCUGUGAAAGAAGCCAAAGCUCGGAUCAGAGACCUGGAGGAAGCUCUGCAGAGAUCCAAACAGGAUAUGGCUCGACAGCUCCGGGAGUAUCAGGACCUGAUGAACUUGAAACUGGCUCUGGAUAUUGAGAUCGCCACCUACAGGAAGCUGCUGGAAGGAGAGGAGGACAGACUUGGACAACAGUCUAUCCUCAACAUCCAGCCCAUCUCCAACUACAGUUUCUCUUCAAGUACUAAAAGCACUAAUGGCUACCAAAGUGCCUCCAGCUCUCCUGCCCCGAAGCUGCUGAUAAAGACAAUUGAGACCAGAGAUAACAGCAGAUACAGCAUUCACUGAGAGCACACUCACUGGUCCGCUGUGAUUUUCUAAAAGCUGUCUCUAAAUGUGUGAGGGGCUCCACGGGGCAUUUCAUUACUUUACUUAGAAUAAUGGAAACA